GGGGCGGGACUUAAAGGGGCCGCCGCCGAGGUCGGGAGUCGCGCGGAGCCCGGGUCCCAGAGAGUGGGGGCGGGUGGGGGUCGCGCGGGGCAGGGGGGGCGGGGAGCCCGCGUCCGACAGUCUGUCCGGCCCCCAGCCCGAGGCGCCAUGGCCCACGGCGGCUCCCACCGGCGCUCCCGCAGCCACUCCCGGGGCCGAGGGUCCGAGAAGAAGCGGAGGAGGAGCAGUGAGGACCGCGCGGGCGGCUCGGCUUCCAGCUCCCACGCGUCCAGGGCGGAGGAGAGAAGCAAACGCAAGGCCCGGAGGAGACCGCGCUCCAGCUCCUCCUCCUCCUCCUCUUCCAGCUCCUCGUCCUCCUCGUCGUCCUCGUCGUCCUCCUCGUCCUCCAGUCGUGGCCGCAAGAAGCGAGGGAAGCACAAGGACAAGAAGAGGAAGAAGAAGCGAAGGAAGAAGAAGCUGAAGAAGAAAGGCAAGGAGAAGGCCAGGGCGCCGGCCGAGGCCCUGCCGGGACCGUCGCUGGACCAGUGGCACCGAGCCGCCGGGGGCGAGGAGGAGGAGGGGGGCCCAGUCCUGACCGACGAGCAGAAGUCCCGCAUCCAGGCCAUGAAGCCCAUGACCAAGGAGGAGUGGGACGCCCGGCAGAGCGUCAUCCGCAAGGUGGUGGACCCUGAGACUGGGCGCACCAGGCUCAUUAAGGGUGACGGUGAGGUUCUUGAGGAAAUCGUGACCAAAGAACGACACCGAGAGAUCAACAAGCAAGCCACCCGAGGAGAUGGUCUGGCCUUCCAGAUGCGAGCAGGGCUGCUGCCCUAAGGGCCCAGCCCACAGGGCCUGUGAACAGUAGGGGUGGCACAGCCUGCAGAUGGCUGGCAGGAAGCCUUGUGGGUACUGCCUGCCUUUCUUCCGGUGGACUGGUCCCCCUCAGAUGCUGGAGGGUGGAGGGUGGGGUCACUGACCUAACCUGUGCUCCCACCUCUUGAGAGAACACAGCAUCCCAGAUAUUAAAACGUUCUCUGAGAUA